AGCCUAUCUUCAUCCUCCUCGAGCGGGGUCAUAGAUACGGAGUCUGAACGAUGGGGUCAAGUCCAUCCCCCUCAAUCUCCUUCGAUGGUUGGUAGAUACUCAAGCGAGAAGGGUUCUGAAAAGGUAUAAAAGGGAGGUCGAAAGACCUUUUGGAGAGAUUUCCUUUCUCUUUCCUUUCCAUCAGUUUGCACACUCUCAGACCUCACUGCCUUACAAACACUUUGUCUUACAAGUUAAGCCUCACUUUGCCUUACUAGAAACAUAUACUCAUACAUAUACCUACCUCUUACAUCCCCUUUUACCACAUCACACCUCAACACACACAACACUUCUCAACUACUUACCACUUUGUUGUCAGUUGACAUUUACUCACUUUUCACAAUGGCAUACCAAUCAACUUACUACCAAACCACCUCCCUCCCCAUUGCCGUUCCUCACAAACAGCAAUAUGCGUAUGCUCCCGCCACUCAUGGCUACGCAGUCUCUGGUUAUGCAGUCUCUCCACCUGAGGCUCCCGAAUCUGUCACCACAGGUUCUGGAACCUACGGUCAUUCUGCCUACUCUGCGACUUCCAGCAGUUACGCCGGAAGCUCAAGCGAGUACGAUAGCACGUCUUCCGCCAACGGCGUAGAUAUGCAAGAGUACAUGCAAGAUCGUUUCCAGGGCGCAUUCGAUCCUCUCCCGCUUGAUCGCACUUUGGCUGUUCAAGCGCAAACCUCAGGAUUGUUGAAUGCCAAGCACCGAGAACUUCUCGAUUUGCAAGCAUUGGCGCAACAGCGAAUUGCAAAGUCAAGAGCCAGAUUGGCUGAAGGCUAUCAAGAUGCUAAGGAGGUGAAGAGGGAUUUGGAGUGGACUCAAAAGCGCGUUUCAUCAAUGAAGACCAAGGCUUCUCGCAAACACCCAGCAGAAUACCGACAAGCGCGAGCCCGCUACCCAUCGCCAGAAUACUAAGCAUUUCUGCCUGUCCGCCAAAAAUACCCAUUUCCAAAAGUGGAAGUUUA